UCCCCCUUCUGUUACUGUAAAGAAGAGAAAGCAGGUGAGCAGCUGGUUCGGUGCUGCAGUAAUCUGUGUCCAGGGAUCUGGUUCCAUGAGAGCUGUGCUCGAGCUCAGACCCUCUCUGACCCGCAUGAGGACUGGUUCUGCGGUCCGGGUUGCAGCGCAGACGGGACCUACGUGUUCUGUCACUGUAAGGAGCGGAGGGGGGGGCAGAUGGUCCAGUGCGGCCGGACGGACAAGUGCAGGAGACACGAGUGGUACCACCGAGACUGUCUGACAGCGGCCCAGCGGAGCGGCGCCGAGCAGACUCCGUGGUUCUGCUCAGAGUCCUGCUCCAUGGCGGAGGACGGCGAGGACUUCCUGUUUAACUACACGAGGGCGGUGGUGUGGGAGGGGCUCUACCACAUGGCCAGGCGGGACGCCAUCCAGGAGGGGGACGGAGACGCCAUGGCGGACUUCUGGAGGAUGGACCUGGUUCUGCUGUGGAACAGAGAACACCUGCAGCUCUUCAACAGCAGCCACCACAUGAUCACAGGGAUGGAGGGGUUCUACCCGGAGCGCGUCAGGCAGGACCUGAAGUGGAACCGAGUGUUGAACCUUCAGGGAACAUCUGGAGGGAACAUCAGCCCGGACCUGCUCACAGAGCUGCUGAUCAGCGAGUUCAAAGGUGGGAUCGAGUUCGGUAAAGGCAGCUUCACGAAGCAGCAGGUGGAGCAGAGCGCCCAGCUGGCCGGCGCUCAGGCCAAAGACCUGGACCGGAUCUUCUUUACCGGGGGAAACCCUCUGAACCUGUCCGCGUACCUGUCGCGCCUCACGUCCUCGUCCCGCGGGAGGACGGCGGACGUGUCCAGGUUCGUGGAGGAGUUUAAGAAGGACGAGCUGUUCGGCUCCAAACCGGGAAGAAGACACCAGGGCUUCAACAAGUUCAGCUACCAGCAGAGAGUCAGGACCCCCAAGAGGAUGGGGAGGAGCCUGAGGGCCCUGUCUGAGGAGCUGGACCGCCGGAGAGACCAGAUCCUCUGAGAGCGACGAGUCACGUGACAUCAGCGAUGCCACUUCUGUAGAUGAACUAACGCAUUUAGCUUGUUUAUUCCUUUUCUCUGCUAAUGUCCACUAAUCUGUUUAGAAAUAAAGAGGUUCUCAGUAAA